AUGGAGUCUAUUGGAGCUUUUCCGGAAGGAGAUUGGGAGUCUUUUAGCAGAAUGUUCUCCGAGGAUCUUGACUUCACACCUCACUUUCUGGGUCAGUGUUCAUUUCCCAAUUCUCACUUUGGCCAAUCUUCUUCAUCAUUUUGCCCCAAUAUUUCUCGUGAUCAUGAUCAAGCCAACACUGAGAGCCUAUUUCACACAUUAGAUUCCCUCAACUCUAAUCUCCAAUACCUUUCUCAAGAAAGUAGUUACACCAGUACUUCCGCGACUCAGGAGAGUUAUUACUUUAGUGAUUCUUGUCACAUUCCGGUGACAAAUGAUGUUUCAUUGCCUAUUUUCCUUACGGAUCAUGAGAAGAACAAUGUUGAUGGGUCAUACAAUAUCCCUGCAUUGAGUGACAUUAAUGUAAUCAUGGGUGAAGCUUUCUGCAAUGUUAAGGAAGAUUAUGGUAAUCAUCGUAAAAGAAUGUCCGAUGCAGCGGAACUGGACAAAAUCAACCCCGAAUCACCGCCGAACCCGAAGAAGAAAGCCAGGGUUUCGAGCGAUGCUCAAAAGAAUAAGAAAAAUGUGGAGUGGCCAAAGAAGAGACAAUUAAAAGUGCAGGCUCCAAAUGGCAAAGAGGAAGAGAACAACACCGGAAUAGAUGGACAGAGCACUAGUAGUUACAGCUCAGAGGAUGACAAUGCUUCUCAAGAGAAUAACGGCGGAGCGAUUUCGGACACCAAGUCGUUAACGGCUGUUAAUUUGAGCGGCAAGGCCAGAGCCAGCAGAGGCUCUGCCACCGAUCCCCAAAGCCUAUAUGCAAGGAAAAGAAGAGAGAGGAUUAAUGAGAGAUUGAAGAUCUUACAAAAUCUUGUCCCCAGCGGAACAAAGGUAGACAUAAGCACAAUGCUUGAAGAGGCUGUCCAUUAUGUGAAAUUUUUGCAACUUCAAAUCAAGCUUUUGAGUUCCGAUGAUCUAUGGAUGUAUGCUCCGAUAGCUUAUAAUGGAAUGGAUAUCGGCCUCAACAAGAAGCUUUCUGAACUUGUAUGA